AAUGCUUAGUGGAGAUAACCGACACACGGAACAUGAGUGUUACUUUUUUCUGGUGCCAUUUAGCGAACACCAGAGACAUACCUGUACGCACUACGUCCGCCCCAGACGGGGAGGGGUUUUGAAUGUUUUUGUGUGACUGUCAAGUCGACUCUAAUUUGAAAUCGAGAAAAUAAGACGUCGGACUGAAGAUCAAACCUAUAGUUUACGGACUCCGGUCUGUUUUGCGGUCUAGUUCCUAUGAUAUAUUUUUAUUGAGAAGCAAUCAGUCAAGGAAUAUUAAGUCUGUUCUGGUGUGGUGCUGGGGAUUUUAUAUCCACCUCGUCUUUUUAGAAGAAUGGCGAGAGACGCUAAACAUUGCCCCCUAUCACCAAUGAAAAACAGUUUGUUGGUGACAGCAGGGAUACUUCUGAUUAUUCAAGCUGCUUCGUGUCAGCGGGUGAGGGUGGUACCAGAGGUGGAGGCGUACCCCGCCGAGUCGGUCGACCUGCGCUGUCAGUUUGUCGACGGAGGAAACACCAAGCUCACACAGGUGUCGUGGAUAUGGGAGCCCACGGAGGGCCAGAGGGACAACAUUGCCGUCUUUCACCCCAUAUACGGCGAGAGCUUCCCCGAAUCGCCCUUCAACGGGCGUGUCCGCUUCAUCCAAGGCACCUUGACAAACCCCUCCAUUACCAUCAGCAGCCUCAAGAUGGCCGACGCCGGGCGUUACACCUGCGAGUACGCCACUUACCCCAGCGGCAAUGAGCAAGGCACCACCAAUCUGGUCAUACUUGCGAAACCCAAGAACUCUGCAUCCCCCGUUGUCGUCCAAGCCAGCACAAGCGGCAAACCAGUGGUCGUGGCCCAGUGUGAGGCGGCUGACGGCAAGCCAGCAGCCACCAUCAAGUGGAUGGGAGAAGUCGGUGGCACCGAUAACACCACCUCCAAAAAAGGUCUGGACGGCACAGUGACGGUGAGGAGCGUGUACCUACUGGUGCCCACGCCUGAGGACAACGGCAAGGAGGUCACCUGCAUGAUCAGCCAGCGCACUCAGGACAAGCCGCAGACCUUCCCCAUGAAGCUGUCCGUUGAGUAUCCCCCGACUGUGUCCAUAGUGGGCUAUGAUAACAACUGGUACAUUGGCCGGACCGACGCUGUCCUGACCUGCAAGGCCACUGGCAACCCUGCCCCCACCAACGUCACUUGGACAGCCAUGUCCGGUCGGAUGCCUGACACGGUACAGAUCGCCGACAACAAGCUGAUCGUGCGGAAGGUGGACGAGGCUGUGAACACCACCUUUGUCUGCGAGGUGAAGAACCGGCUGGGAGUGAGCAAGCACCAGGUCACCACGGCGGUCAUCGAGGCCAUAGUGGACCCGUCCAACGCGGGCGUGGUGGCGGGGGCUAUCAUCGGCAGCCUGCUGGCCCUACUGCUGGUCAGCUCGCUGAUUGCUGUCCUGGUGACCCGCAGUCGCCGGCAACGGCGCGGUUACCCCGGCAAUGGAGAGCCUGGCGCCUACGGGAACAAAGCCCGCCUCUUCGGCGGAGCUGGCAACAAGAACGAAGGCACGGGGGCCAACAUCAACGGGCCCAUCUAUACGUACCGCGAGAGCGACCCCGGAGCGCUGGCGGAGAAUGUCAACGACUUCCACGGCCCGCCAGGCUCCACACCCACCGCCCACGACAUCCUGCUGAGCAGCGAGAUGGACGAGGCGGAGCGCAGGAAAUUUGACGCCCUCGACGACAGCCUGGAGGAGGAAGAGGAGCGCUACGACAGCUUUAGCGUGGGCAUGGUUCCAGCCUAUCACAUCCACCGGCACAACGAAGAGAUGGGAGGGGUCAGCAUGUACCUCGACGACGACAUGGAGUCACAGCGGGACGGGUCGGUCAUCUCCCGGACUGCCAUCUACGUCUAGAGAGGGGCGGUCAACCAACAGGGGCCAGGAGGGAGAGCUGAGGACAGGGUGGAGAGUCCACCAACAACCACCCAUCCCCCUGCAUACUAAAUAGACAUGCUACGCUUAUGGUAAUUUUACACAUAAAAAAUAACUACAGAAACAAAAGAAGGUGUUGAGACUGAACUGUAACUGAGGAAGAAGCGGAGUGAUGACUUGAGUGCGCUGGUCAAUGACUCGGCAUCUCGAUAAGUCAGUCAGUGUUCCAAAAUAAAUAGUAACAAUGUAACUCAUCUUCAAUGCUGCUUACUGCUCCAUUUCAUCUUAGCAAGUGAAACGUGAAGAGUGACCAUGUGACUGCGUUUAGUAGCCCACUAAUCCACAGGACUGCAAACACUAAAGACUUUUUCUCUGUAAGGAAACGUACCGUUCAAUGUCUCCUUCGUGGUACAACUUUUAGACUCAUUCCUAGAUGGUCACACUCGUUCUAUCACCACGGCUACUGCUUGAAGACGUCCUCCAGCGGACCGCCGUGCGGAGGACGAGGAACCGAGCUGUAACUUGUUGUCUUCGUGUGCAUCAUCACAGGCGUUCCAUAGCACAGUGUUACGUAAAAAUGGUAUUUUGUAUUAUCAAGAUGUUUGGGCCUUCAGGCCUUGUUGAAACCACAUUUGGUGUUAAUGACUCAUAUAUAAUGACUUAGGCAGAGUUAGUCCCACCAACUUAGUUUCCAACUUCCAUUUCCUUCUUUUCUUUUUUUUCUCUCUUCAUUAUUUUCUUUUACAUAUGGGAGGCCAGCGACGUGGUAGACCGAGCUGGAGCUGGGGUUUGGAUGAGAGAAAUGGUGCGACCAGAUCUGUUUGUUUUUCCCAACUGUCUGUUGGUGGAACGUCACUGCUGAAGCGAAGGGCAGCGGGGUCAGCUGGCACCAUCCCAGGGUAUUGGGCCCCGUGCCAGGCUGUACUGGCCUUCCACGCUGAGGGACCAGCCAGCUCCUGUAAUGAUCGGAGCCACGUCUAGUCUGCCUAGCGAUAGCAUGAGACAGAUCGACAUGCACACCCGGCUCUAACUGAACCUCCUGCUCUGCCUGUCAGUUUGACCAAUUAAAAAACAAAAAGGAAGCGGACUCCAUUUCACCGGCAAGUCAAUAAACGUGCCGUCUAUUUAAUGGUAAAGAAAUGUUUCGCCGCUGAUGCUCGAGGGACCGGAGGCGGAAUAUUUCCCUCGUUUUUUAAAUAAUUUUUAUACCAGAACAAACUGUUCCUAGCCCACAUGUUUUAAUUCAGGAGUAGAAGAAGCAUAAAAGUGUUGCGCAUUAUCUUAUGUAGAGGUAUAGAGCGAGAGAGGCUGAUUUCUGGCUGGUAUUGAGCGCUUUUGCGAUUUUUAAUGCUGAUAAGCCCAAGCAUUAAUAAUAAGACAAGCCGCACAUACAGCUGAAAUUGCGAAGCUUCACUCCCGAACACAGUAGGAGUUAUGAGGUCGACCGUCUGCCUUGUUGUCGACCGUCAACGAUCGAUUCAUCUACUUCAAAAUACAGUAUUAUUAUUAUUUUAGCAGGGCGAAAUGCUGAGUCGUUUUCUUUGCUGUAUGUUAAUGGACAAAUCUCUGCCGGGCCUUCUAAGGGGAGCAGUAACACACAAAAUAUGCCUGUGACUGUGUGUGGGGAUGUUUCUGACCAUGUGCGAGGCCCAUUAGUUCUAAGCCUGGCCGGCAUAUGUGUUUUUCGAGUUCUGAGUUGACCGAAUUUGAAUCGCUGCCAGACUUGGAACGAGGUUAAGGGGCUAACCCCACCCGCAGUAUGUUCCACUGUCAGAUUGCCGCAGUUCACUUUAACGUAGCGGCCUAGUGUGUGUGUGUGUGUGUGUGUGUAUUGUGCAAGGGUGUAUGUAGCGUGAUUGUACAGAUUCGAGUUGUGUAUAUCCCACAUGCUGAUUCACCGCGCAAUAGCCCAAUGUUAUGAGGGAGUUGUUUUGCAUAAUGUCAUACAUAUGGAUGGCUAGGCCUAUCUCUGAGUCAUUCAUCAGUCAUUUCAUGCACAGUAACCUCACUGAUGAAGGGGUUGGAGGACGGUGAUAGGAAACUGCUUAGCACGGGGACCCGCGUGGACAUGAAUAUUACACUGACGGAGCCAGGAUGAAGCCGGACUGGCUCAAAGGGCCUUUGGAGUGGUCUCCUGUGCCACCCCCGGCCAGAUGGAAACUUGAUUGGGUAUUGGCGUCCGGGCCGUUGCUCUGUAAAUAUUGUGCCCCAUUCCCCCUCCUUUGCUUUUUCUUAUCACAGAUAGAGGUCGACUGAUUAUGAUUUUUCAACGGCGAUACCGAAUUAUUGGAGGACCAAAAAAAAGCCAAUACCGAUUUCUUAUCUUUUAAAUAAAAAAACAUUUAAAAAAACAAACUAUUAAAUUAGUUAUUUUAUUGAUUUAAAAAAAUAUAUAAUUAAAAAUAAAUAUAUAUAUAAAUAUAUAUGUGUAAUAAUGCCAAUUCCAACAAUACUGAAUGAACAAUGAACACUUUUGUUUUUACUUAAUAUAAUACAUCAGUAGAAUCUAUUUAGUCUCAAAUAAAUAAUGAAACAUGUUCAAUUUGGUUUAAAUAAUGCAAAAAACAGUGAUGGAGAAGAAAGUAGAACUGCAAUAUGUUCCAUGUAAAAAAGCUAACAUUUAAGUUCCUUCCUCAGAACAUGAGAACAUAUGAAAGCUGGUGGUUCAAUAUUCCCAGUUAAGAAGUUUUAGGUUGUAGUUAUUAUAGGAAUUAUGAUGCAUCAACUAUUUCUGUCUAUACCAUUUGUAUUUCAGAUUCCUUUGUCUAUUGGAUGUUCAUAUAGGCACUUUGGUAUUGCCAGCCUAAUCUCAGGAGUUGAUAGGUUGGAAGUCAUAAACAGCGCUGUGCCUCAAGCAUUGCUAAGAGCUGCUGGCAAACGCAGUAAAGUGCUGUUUGAAUGAAUGCUUACGAGCCUGCUGCUGCCUACCACCCCUCAGUCAGACUGCUCUAUUAAAUAAUAAAUCAUAGACGUAAUAUAAUAAACACAGAAAUACGAGCCUUAGGUCAUUAACAUGGUCAAAUCUGGAAACUAUCAUUUCGAAAACAAAAUUUUUCUUUCAGUGAAAUACGGAACCGUUCUGUAUUUUAUUGAAUGGGUGGCAACCCUAAGUCAAAAUAUUUCUGUUACAUUGCAUAACCUUUGAUGUUAUGUCAUAAUUAUGUCAAAUUCUGGCAAAUUAAUUACGGUCUUUGUUAGGAAGAAAUAUAUACUUCUGUGUAUUGAUUUUAAGAAAGGCAUUGAUGUUUAUGGCUAGAUACAUUUUGCGCAAAUGCGCUUUUGUUAAAUCAUCACCCGUUUGGCGAAAUUUAAAGUCGGCUGUGAUUCGAUAAUAAAUUAAGAAACCGCAUUGAUUAUAUGCAACGCAGGACAAGCUAGUUAACCUAGUAAUAUCAUCAACCAUGUGUAGUUAACUAGUGAUUAUGUGAAGAUUGAUAGUUUUUUUUAUAAGAUAAGUUUAAUGCUAGCUAGCAACUUACCUUGACUCCUUGCAGCCACAAGGUCCUUUUGACGCUGCCCUCGCGUAACAGGUGGUCAGCCUGCCACGCAGUCUCCUCGUGGAUUGCAAUGUAAUCGUCCAUAAUCGGCGUCCAAAAAAGGCUGAUUACCGAUUUUGUUAUGAACUUGAAAUCGGCCAUGCCGAUUAAUCGGUCGACCUCUAAUCACAGAUUCCUAUCACAUUAUCAGAUCAUCACCACUGUGUUCAAAUGAACUGUUUUCCUUAUGAUGUUUUAUGCGAAUGGGUACCGAUUAUUAUAUAUUUUUUUUCUAAUUAAGAAAAAUAAGUGUUCUUAUGUGAGGUGUUGGUUGUGUAUAUCUUGAUGUAAGAUAUCCAUUUAAUGAAGUAGGUGUAUCUUCAAUACUCAUUAAGAGAUGUUAUUUAUAAGUGCAGUGUGGGUAAUGUUAAACGUCACAGACUACUAUCAUGGGAGAUGGUUGGAAAAUAACCAAUGACUACAAAUUACCUUAAUUUAAUUACAUGUGCGUCAAGGCAUGCAUCUUGUAGCCUGCUGGUAUGUAGAGGUGUAUAUUAUCGAGGGCCUUGCUCUCCAAUCUGCUCUGACCAUCUUUUCCACGCAAACACUCUCUCGCUCCCUUCCACAAGAGAGCAUAUAAUCACACACCCAUGCAGGUCUGUUUCACCCAUAGAAUUCUCUCACACACCCACUAUAUUUCCCUGACCCGCCACACACUUUGAGUUCGAUGCCUCCCAUUAGUGGGGGGGGGGCAAGAUUGUUCCUCGUUGGGCUCCUGUGACUCCAUCACUCUCCAUCUUGUUAUUAAGAUGAACAGAGAGGCAACGUCUUUCUCUACAGAGGCUUAAAACCUUUGAUUCGCCAUUCCCCUGUUUUUUUGUUUUUUUAUUUUUUUAGAAGUAAACAAGCACCAAUUUCACUCUGUGGGAAGUGGUGCUCCAGCUUCUAAGGACCAUGUCAGAAUAAAAAGCAAUGUCUCUGGCAUGCAAUUACCAGCCCUGUGUAAGGGUAGUGGUGGUGGUGGUGGUGGUUUUAAAAAGCAUAAAUGGGUCAAGACAUCCUACAAUUCUUGUCCGACUCUAAUCUCAAGACCACCAAACUAAGCCUUAAAUUCACAGUUUCGCCACAUGCAUUAUUCCCCGUGUCCCUUUGUGUACAAAGUAUAAAUAAAUCCAACAUACUUGCAACAUGCAUUACUAAUUGAUGUGGUUACGUUAGUGCAUCUGUUCUGCCCAGCUGCUGGUAUAACAAGAUAUUCAUCAUUUCUGGUCAAUUCUACAGUGUUUUUUUGUUGUUGUUGUUGUGUACAAUAUUGACAGGACGGUGACCUGGAGAAUAUGAAUAAUAUUAAAAUGUUCCUAUAUUC